CCAACCGCCAUUAAACACGAAGAGGAAGAAACGACAACAAUGGCGUCCGUAGACGUGGAAGACGAGAGUAUCCUCGCGUCCAUCUUCAGGGACAGCUUCCCGGACACCUGGAGGGACAAUCCGGACUUCACGGCCUACCUGUCCGAGCUCAGCUCGUUCGGAGUGGAGAAGCUGAGCCGCGAGCCGGAGCGACUGGCGGAGGAGCGCGCGCAGAUUCUGCAGCAGACCCGGGAACUGGCCUUCUCCAACUACCAGACCUUCAUCCGCACCGCCGACUGCACCGAACACAUCUACCGGGACUUCGGUCGCGUGGAGAGCAGCGUGUCCCGACUGCUGGACAAGCUGCCCGGCUUCGGACAGAAGUGCAGGGGGUUCAUGAAGGAGGCAGAGGAGAUCGGCGCCAGUCGUCGUAUGAACAGCCUUACGUUAAACCGUCACACAGAGAUUCUGGAAAUUCUGGAGAUCCCUCAGCUCAUGGACACUUGCGUCCGCAACAGUUACUACGAGGAGGCUCUGGAGCUGGCGGCGUACGUCAAGAGGCUGGAGAAGAAGCACUCCUCCCUCCCGGUCAUCCAGGGCAUUGUGCGUGAAGUCCGCCAUUCAGCUCAACUCAUGCUCAACCAGCUCCUGCAGCAGCUCCGCAGUAAUUCCCAGCUUCCUGUCUGCUUGCGUGUGAUUGGGUACCUCCGGCGGAUGGAUGUCUUUACUGAAGCCGAGCUGCGGGUAAAAUUCCUGCAGGCCCGGGGCACCUGGCUGCGUGCUGUCCUCUCUGCCAUCCCUGAAGAGGACUCAUACUUUCACAUCACCAAAACUGUUGAGGCCUGCCGUGUGCACCUCUUUGACAUCAUCACACAGUACCGUGCCAUCUUCUCUGACGAGGACUCCUUAGUGCCCCCUGUUGGUGUUCAGGCCGCAGUGAACGAGGCGGCGAUCUUUCACGGCUGGGUGGUGCAGAAGGUGGCAGAGUUCCUGGAGACACUGGAGAGGGACCUGCAGCGAGGUGUGGGAGGCCGCCUGGACUCUCUGCUGGGCCAGUGCAUGUACUUCGGCCUGUCCUUCAGCAGGGUGGGAGUGGACUUCCGUGGACAGCUGGCACCAAUGUUCCAAAAGGUGGCGGCAGAUAUUUUCUACAAAGCUGUCCAGGAAGCGGUCGACAAGUUCCAGGAGGACAUGAACACAUACACGCUUAUUGCACUGCCCUCGAUGCUUGGAGGGACGAUCCCCGCUGUGCCGCCCUGCACUCAGCCCGGCACCCUGCAGCCGCCCAUGUCUCUGCUGGACUUCCAGCCACUCGCCUGCUUCCUCAACAACAUCCUGACCGUGUUCAACGACCUCCGGCUAUGCUGUCCCGUUGGACUGGCUCAGGACGUGACCAAAUGUCUCGAAGACGCCCUCAUGAAUGUGACGAGACAGAUCGUGGUGUUCCACCGGGCCGAGGAGUCGGCGUUCAGCCUCCGGGAGAAGGAGCUGUUUGUUCAGUUCUGCUCUGCGUACACUGACGAUCUGCUGCCGUUCCUAAACCGCUGUCUGCAGAUUCUGUUUCCUCCGGCUCAGCUGGCGCUCAUUCUGGGUGUUCCUCCAAAUCAGCUGCACAAGUACGGCAGUUUGGGCUCCGUCGACCUGGCUGCGGUUCUGGAACCUCUGGACUUUGUGCUUCCUGAGCGAGAAGCAGUGCCGCCCCCUCUGCUGGUCGACAUCUGCGCCGAGCUCAGUGGCCCGACCGCUGACGACCAGCAGCAAGACGAACCAGUGAGAGAUCCCGAUCCAACGGGAAUCCCGUCGGUUCCUGCAGACUCUGAACCAGAGCUCAAGAUUGAACUGACUGACCCAAAGUCCGAAAAGAAAGAGUUAGAACCCGAGAGUGUGGAGUUUGUCACAGAAACUGGUACCACUGUGGCGUUAAGCAGUUGAUUAAAUGAACUUUCCAAAGGUGUCUUUUGUGUAUUUAAGAUCACUAAUCUGAAUCUUUUUGUAUUUUUGAACUGUUGCUUUGGAAGAAUAUUUUCUGAUCCUGGUUAUUGGGCAGCGCAGUCUCGUUUGAGGACGGGCGCUAAAAGGUUAAAAUAUGACACAAUCCUACGUCCGGGGACAGCCGUCUGUUUUGGGGUAAAUUGCACACAAAAUGAAAAUGCUAAGAAAGUGAGGUUGUGGUGGAAAGUGGACAUGUGUUGCGGUUUGUUUCUGACCCGGAGCUCAAACGUGUCGAGGCGGUUUUGUAGGCGAGAGAACGCAGCUCCUCUCAGGUUAGCUGUGUUGGCUAACACUUACUGACACGACGUCUCACUUUCGCCUCGUCACUUCUCUACGGAAGCGUAUUGCAUUCACUGGAUAAAAUUUUUUUUCGGAAUUAUCUCUUGUAAUUAUGA